UGUCCCGGGCCGGCGGGAGGAGGGAGGCGUGUGCGGGUGAGUGUGCGUGUGCGCGCACGCACAAAAGCCGAGGCACAAAAAAAAGAGGAAAAAAAAAAAAAAAAAAGAAAAAGAAACUCUUGGAAAGCCGGGAGCAGCCGGAGCCGGAGCCGCCUCCAUCGGAUCCCCGGGGCAGCGGUGCAGGAAGUCCAGCUGGUUUUUUUUUUGGUGGGGUUUUUUUUUGGGGUCCCCCCCAUCGCAUCGCCUCUAGGAUCCUGGGGGUUUGGGGGCAUCCUUUCCUUUUCUUUUUUAUGCUGCUCCUGCUUUUGGGCGGCCGAGGCUCGCGCUCCCCCGCCGGGCGGCUCCCCCGGGGGCCCCCGGCGGGCAGGCGCCGGGCCAGGAGGAUGAUCGAGCCCUGGGUGACUUUCGCCCUGCUCUGCGGAACUUUGUGCGCAGGGCCAGGACAUGGAGAGGCAGAAACCAGAGAGUGUAUCUACUACAAUGCCAACUGGGAGCUGGAGAAGACUAAUCAGAGUGGCGUGGAGCGCUGUGAAGGGGAAAAGGACAAGCGCCUUCAUUGCUACGCUUCCUGGAGGAACAAUUCGGGCUCCAUUGAGUUGGUGAAGAAGGGUUGUUGGUUAGAUGACUUCAACUGCUAUGACAGGCAAGAAUGUGUAGCUACAGAAGAGAACCCUCAAGUGUUUUUCUGCUGCUGUGAGGGGAACUAUUGCAAUGAGAAAUUUACUCACUUACCUGAAGUAACUGGUCCAGAAGUUAUAUAUGAGCCACCGCCGCCAACUCCCUCCCUGCUCAACAUCCUGGUUUACUCUCUGCUUCCAAUUGCUGUCCUAUCCAUGGCCAUCCUCUUGGCUUUCUGGAUGUACCGUCACCGCAAGCCCCCAUACGGGCAUGUCGACAUUAAUGAGGAUCCUGGUCCGCCACCCCCUUCUCCGCUGGUUGGCCUUAAGCCUUUGCAAUUAUUGGAGAUCAAAGCUAGGGGACGCUUCGGCUGUGUCUGGAAGGCACAGCUCAUGAAUGACUAUGUAGCAGUGAAAAUCUUCCCCAUACAGGAUAAGCAAUCUUGGCAGAGCGAGAGGGAGAUCUUCAGUACCCCCGGCAUGAAACAUGAAAACCUGUUGCAGUUCAUUGCAGCCGAGAAGCGUGGGACAAAUCUGGAGACAGAGCUCUGGCUGAUCACAGCUUUCCAUGACAAGGGCUCUUUGACAGAUUACCUGAAGGGGAAUAUUAUCAGCUGGAAUGAACUCUGCCACGUUGCAGAAACAAUGGCCUGUGGACUGUCAUACCUACAUGAAGAUGUCCCUUGGUGUAAAGGGGAAGGACACAAACCCGCCAUUGCACACAGGGACUUCAAGAGCAAAAAUGUGUUGCUGAAGAAUGACUUAACAGCAGUUCUAGCUGACUUUGGACUGGCCGUACGGUUUGAACCUGGAAAACCCCCAGGGGAUACCCACGGGCAGGUGGGAACAAGGAGGUACAUGGCUCCUGAGGUGCUAGAGGGGGCAAUCAACUUCCAGCGAGAUGCCUUCCUGAGAAUAGACAUGUAUGCAAUGGGACUAGUAUUGUGGGAGCUAGUCUCCAGGUGCAAAGCAGUCGAUGGUCCAGUGGAUGAAUAUAUGCUGCCUUUUGAAGAAGAGAUUGGUCAGCACCCAUCCCUUGAGGACCUGCAAGAAGUGGUGGUUCACAAGAAGAUGCGCCCUGUUUUCAAAGAUCACUGGCUGAAACACCCUGGUUUGGCGCAGCUGUGUGUGACAAUUGAAGAAUGCUGGGACCACGAUGCAGAGGCCCGACUCUCAGCAGGCUGUGUCGAAGAGCGUAUUUCUCAGAUCCGCAAAUCGGUAAACGGCACUACCUCGGACUGCCUCGUUUCCAUCGUGACGUCCGUCACAAAUGUGGACUUGCCGCCCAAAGAGUCUAGUAUCUAAGUCCUGGUUCGCUUUUUUUUCCAGACUCAGUGGAUUUAAAGAAAAAACAAAAGUGAAAAAACAAAACAAAACAAAAACCCAACAAACACAUGAAUGCAGCUGCUAUUUUAUCUUGACUUUUUAUUAUUAUUAUUGUUAUUAUUAUUAUUUUUUUGGAUCGGAUCAUUUUUACCAGCACAUUGCUCUACUGUAUUAAAAAAAAAAAUGGACAUCUCAGCAAGCAUUCAGGCGCCGACUAAUGAAUGCAGAAAAGGUGCAGGUACCUCAGAACCUCAACAAACUCGCUUCAGUUUUGUUUUUAAUUCAGUUUUCUGGGUUUCUCUUUAUUGGUCUGUCUUCUACACAGAGCAUCUGUGACGUAAAGGAAAACCACCUACCAUCUUAGAAAACACAAUGCUGCAAACUUUGGAGAAAACUUAAGACUGUUACAUAAGAUUACACCUUCCUCAAAAGGAUAUUUUCCCCUGUUUUAUUUCCCCCCCACUUCUUUCUUUCUUUUUUUUUUUUUAAGACAGUGAGCUUCAAAAAAAAAAAAAAACAGCAGAUGUGUCUUUUACGGAUCUAACGGGUGUCAUUGUAACAUGGGAGAAAAAAAAGAAACCGGAAAGCGAAUGUUAACUCUUUGAUGGCAGAGUUGAAGGGGGGAGUCUAGAAUAGGGGUUGGGGGAGAGCGACGUUGGACUUUGCAGCAUUUGGAGAAACAUCAUUUGCUAUGGAGCUACUUCUCAGGUAACCAGUUAACGAGGGGAAGGACAUUUUUGAGGCAGAGUAUUAUUCACUGCAGUGCAUGGAGAAAGUUGGGUUAAAGAGCCAAUGGCAUAAGCAAGGCACUAGUUCUUUCUUCCUCCACUAUCUCAGGCUUGGGUGUUAAAAGAACAACAGUGACAAAGACCACGCUUGAGUUUUAUUUUCUAAACCCCAGGUAAUAAGGGGAGGAAAGUGCUUUUAAGCAGCAUAACUAAGAGGGAACUAAGUGUGUUCUCAGAAAUGCCAUGUGAAGUAUGUACUGGAAGAGUUGAAAGCAUUUGCAUCUUGCUUUAAAUACUGUAGCAGUUCAGGGAAAAAGGCCUCAGGGUUGGAUGACUGCUUAGCCCCAGCUACUAGUGUAGAUGGAUAAAAGGAAAAAAAAAAGUAUGAAUUUCUGGAGGGAGAAACACAUGACCUGGGCCAAUGACAGACAACUGCUGUAGCACCCAAGAAGUAUAUGAAUUGUACAGUUAUAGAUCACAAGGAGUGGACCGAGCAGCAGUGGUGUUUAUCAUAGCAUCUUUUAAACUGGUUUCUUUGAUGCUGCUUUCUCCUUACUCUGUGACUAAACUCUUUUUGUCUUAAAGUGGUGCAUAUUUUAAAAUACCGUUACUCUAUUAUGCCAUAAACUUGCUCUAGUCAGUGAAUGUUCCUAAUGCUGCUGAUUCAACAUUUAAAUAUUUUUUUAAUUUGCAAAACAUGCAAUGUUUGAGAAGAAGAAAAAAAACAAACAACAAAACACACACACACACGUUACGCGGCUUUCGAGGUUUAAACUGAAAAAAAAAAAUUAAACUUCACGACCACAGACCACCUCAAACCAGAAAUACCUCAGAAUUUUCUACUUGUAUGAGUUUUAUUAUAUAUUUUGUUAGUUGUGUUGUCUUGUAGUAAGUAUAUUUUAAUGUAAGUUGGCUUUUAUGACAAGGGAGUUUUAAAAAAAGAAAAAAAAAGAAAAAAAGUUCCAAAAUCUUUUAGGAAGUGUUACCAUUUUUUUUUUGGUUUUGUUUUAUAAAGCACCAUUGUAAAUAACUGUAUACAGUUGUAGAAUAACUGCCUAUAUAAGGUACCUGGGCAUUAUUCACUCUUGUUUGUGAAGACUGUUUCCAUUCUGUGUUAUUUUGUUCGGUCUGUUUUAGUGAAAGGACAGUACAUCUUUUUAUUACGUGUUUUACUUUUUCUCAGCCUAUGAAAUCAAUAUGAACAUCAGUGUCUUGCUAGACUAACAAAGUUAUCCUUAUUUGAUUGCCAGGACUUUUAAACUUUUGUUUGCAUUGAUGCCAAAAUACAAUCCUAAACUAAUUACCCUGUUAAAAUAUACAAAUUGGUAUUAGAGAAACAGAUUGGGCAUUUUGUCAUACACAGAUUGUCAACAGGGAAUGUUAGUGUAGGUGUCAUUUUUCAGCAAACAAAAUUACCAAUUGGAAGAAUAAAGUAUAACGCUGAAUAUAUUUCUCAAAAGUGUAGCUUUAAAAAAAAAACCCACCACACUAGAGUCCACAAAAGGACAAAGUCCUUUUUCUUGGAGAGAAACAGAUAAUUGCCUUAACUUAUAAAGUCUUAAACUAUUCUUUCAAGUUAAUGAAUGUAUAUGUGCAUAUUAAUACAUACACACAUGUAAGUGUAUUUGCUUGUGCAUGUGUGUGGCAGUUUCUGAUUCUUAAUGUGAUCCUGUACAGAACAUGUUAACAAAAACAGAAGCAAAAUCAUACCAUUCUGGCACACUUCAUGCCCCUGUUAGGGGAAGAGGGGGGUAACAACUUUGGCAGUGAUGCUACAAACACACUUACGCUGAACGAUAGGCAUGCAAAUAGCUUUAUUGAUGUCAACAGCACUAUUUACAUGCUGCAAGUGAAGCAUAUGCCUAUGUUUGCAGGAUCAGUGUCUGUCUUUUGUCCUUUGAGUACACUUGUGCACUGAGAUAUAUAUAUACACACACACGCAUUUGAUGCUUUGGAAAAGUGAUGUAAGCUUUGGGGGGGUGGGAGUUUAGCGCGAAGACUGAAUAAACUAGUUUUUUUGGGGGGGGUUCUCUGUAUAGGGGAGUCGGUUCAGAUUGUUACAGAAAGAAAAAAGCUGUACUGUCUUUUAACUAUUCUGAUCUGUGUGCUGUUUUGGAUUUUUUUUCCUUCAGCAUUAAUGUGUAAAAGCUAAAACGGGCUUGUUACAGCAGUUGCUUUUUCCAAACAUGAUUUCGUUAAGAAGCUUUAAAGUAUUUAUUGAAAGUGCCAUAUGAUUUUAAUAGCCUAUUAGACGGUGUCUUCAACCUUCUCCUCGAGACAGCAUAAGCAAAACCUCUUACCACAUGUAGCUUCUUUUACUGCAGGGAACUGUAAGGACAUACAAACUUCGAUCACAUGCGGAUUGAGAUGUACUGGCAUUUUCCCUGGCUUAACAGUUCCUUACAGAUCAUUUUACUAAAUUAUGUCUAGAGUUGGUUAGAGGAAGUUUCUGAAGUGCAUGCGUGUCCAAUUAGAAAUGUUAAGGGCAACUGUGGGGCGGGUGGGUGUGCACAUCUAUCUCUUGACUACUUACAAACAUGCACCAGUUCAGCUAAACGUGUUAAAUAUGUGUUUGUUAAAUUGGUGCAACGCUUUCAUGUAGAUGAUCCCUGAUGGUCUCAGCUGCCUAAUUUUCUAAAGACCAAGCAGAUAAUUUAAUGUCUGCAUUCUGACAUUGGAAUUGUCCAUUUUAUUACAUUCACUUAAAUGUCGUUCAGUACUGUAAAGGCAUUUCCCAAUUUAGCAAUAAGCUGUAUUCACAGCUGUAGUCUUCAUAAGCAACAGUUUUCAUCCAACACUCUUUUAAAUCAGAUUGGUUCAACCAGGUAUUAAUUGUGAAGUACUAGUGAUUGCCAUGUAUGCAGGCAAAGAUAGAAGCCUACAUAAAAUAUGCUCUUUAAAAGUUUCCUUGCAGAAUCCAAAAGUGGGUCACUCCAUUUAUAAUUUAUAGUUUAAUAUUAAUCGGAAAUAACCUAAAUGGCAAUGAUAAUAGUAAAAGUUUCCUCGACCUCAGAGCCAAGAUUUUACCCUUUAUUUUAGUUGUCAAGAAUGUAUCAGGAUUUGGGUUGGAGUGGUAUUGUGGCCAGGAAAUAUGAGAAGCAAGGGUUUUUUUUGGUGAUAUCUUUCAUUGAACCAAUUGCAUAGUUGGGAGAGAUGUUAGACAAGCUUUCCAGCACAAGGUGCCCUUCCUCAAAGCUGGGAAGGAAGCAGGUCUAGCCUAAGCUAAAUACUAGAUAAAAGUGGCCUGUGUUUUAACUCCAUAUGUAAAAGAAAAAGAAAAAAAGAGUGGAAGAGGUUGUAAACCUGGAGCAAAGAAGUUAUCGCAAGGAGCUGCAAAAUGAGAUGUGCAGCUGAAGAGAUAAGCUAAUUAUGUAAAAGAAAAGCCCAUUCAGAAGGGAAAUAGGGUCUUUAUUAUCUAUGGAGUGCAGAGAGGUUAACAGAAACAGCAGUUCAAUUCUAACGAGUCGGGAAACGGUAGUGUAUGUUUAGUCCGUGGUCUUUAGCGUCCAGUAAAGCUGUGAGUGUUUGUCCCCAGGCCCUGUGUUUGUGUGUUCGGUACAGGAGUGGUGCUUAACUUUCAGGAGCGGUGCAGCCCUGUCGGAUUCCAACGAAUCUGCAAAUUUUGCUAAAUACCUUGUCACAAGGACGUGAAAAAGGAAGGUAGAUUUCUCUUGAAUGUACGGACCGUGAAGUCAGGACAGAGAGACUGUCCUUGAAACAUGUUCUCCCACAAGUGCUUUGGGUGGUCCUGUCCUGCAUCCUUUUUCUGAGAGCAGAGCAUAGCGCCUGUUUCCUUCCACCCGCAUGGGCCUCGGAUGUAGCGUGCCACAUUCGGUAGAC